AUGGCUACCGAAGCUGCGAGUAUUUACCCGGCUCUCCAGGACCGCCCUAUUAAAAACACAAUUUGUCUGUUCGAUGUUGAUGAGACGCUGACACCUGCGAGACAGACCGUUACCCCCGAGAUGCUCAUGCUUCUUUCACAAUUGCGCCACAAGUGUGCCAUUGGAUACGUCGGUGGUUCCAAUCUUGUCAAGCAACAAGAACAACUUGGAACGGCCGCUACGGACGUGACCUCCCUUUUCGAUUUCUGCUUCCCGGAGAAUGGUUUGAUGGCUUUUCGUCUGGGCAAGCCUCUUGCCAGCACCAGCUUCAUCGAGUGGAUCGGCGAGGAGAAAUAUCAGAAGCUGGUGAACUUUAUCCUCAAAUACUUUGCGGACUUGCAGUUGCCCAAGAAGCGUGGUACCUUCAUUGAGUUCCGUAAUGGAAUGAUCAAUGUUAGUCCUCUUGGCAGAAACGCAAGUGUUGAAGAGAGAAACGAGUUCGAAGCAUAUGACAAAGAACACCACAUCAGAUCAGAUAUGGUCAAUGCGCUGAAGAAGGAGUUUCCUGACUAUGGCCUCACCUACUCCAUCGGCGGCCAGAUUUCUUUUGACGUCUUCCCCACUGGUUGGGAUAAGACCUAUUGCCUGCGGCACGUUGAAGCUGAGAAAGAAAUUACUGGGGUUGAGUACACGACCAUUCACUUCUUCGGAGAUAAAUGCUUUCCUGGAGGUAAUGACUACGAGAUCUACUCAGACCCGCGGACGAUAGGCCAUUCCGUACAUGGUCCUGAGGACACCAUGCAGCAGCUUAAGGAAUUGAUGGCGCCGCAGAAAUCUGUCACAGAAGUCCCGCGCUCCCUUCUCCCUCGUCUGACCUGGAACGGCUCCUCUACCCGGAUUACGGUCGCUCCACCCCAAGGCAACGCUCUCUCGACUUUGCGACCCAAACCCCAGCAGCGCAUACAAAAUUUGAAUCCUGUGUGUCAACAGCUACGUUCUCUGUCCGUUUAUCCACAUCAAGCCCGCUUUUUUCCCGCGGCGUCUCGGAACGUUAGCCCGACAACACUGGUUGCAAGAUGCCCGUCUACAUCACCGAGCGCCCGGCAAAACCGUGCAGCUCUCGAGGACCUCAACAAUCCUAUCAGGUAUAAUGGGGUAUAUGUAGCCGUUUUCAAGCCAGCGCGGCUCGCCUUUCAUGCCUCGGCUUCUCGGCAGCGGGAGCAUCACUUCGAUACAUUGAGAUUCGUCCAACGGCUUAAGGAUGAAGGAUUCAGUGAAGAGCAAGCCGUCGCAAUGAUGAGGGUCCUGAACGAUGUCAUCCAAGAAUCAAUACAGCACUUGACGCGAACAAUGGUUCUUCGGGAAGAUACUGAACGCUCAGCAUACACACAGAAAGUCGACUUUGCUAAACUUCGCUCCGAGCUAUUAAACGCAGAUUCGACCGAAGCGCAGUUGACUCGAUCAUCCCACGAAAAGAUUGCUGCGGAUCUUGCGAAACUUAACUCACGUCUACGAGACGAGAUUGGACGAACCCAAGCCUCUGUUCGGCUUGAUUUGAACCUUGAAAAAGGACGUAUCCGAGAAGAAGCGAACGGCCAAGAGAUGCGCAUCAAGGAGACUGAAACACGAAUCGAGCAGGAAGUUGCAGGGCUGCGAGAGCGCGUUGAGGCUGUGAAGUUCUCAACCUUACAAUGGCUUAUGGGUGUUUGCACCGGUACAGCCGCUCUCAUUCUCGGUGCCUGGCGUCUUUUCAUGUGA